AACGCAGUUUUUUCAUGUACCCUUGGUUUACUCUAUUUACUGAAUACUAUACUUGUAAAUUAUCAGAGAUACAAGUCCCUGUUGGUAGAGGUAGAACUUCAGCUACAAUAAUCACCUCACAAUGAAUGAAGAGAUACCAAGGGGAAACUUUGAAGAGUCAGUGCCUUCUGAUGCAGGUCGGGCUGAUGACAUUCCAAAAGUUUCGCUCUCACCUAGCACAACAGAUGAGUCACGUUUCAAUUUGGAGAACACAAAGAUCUAUUUCACAAGACAUGGAAUACGGAUCAUAGAUCGUGGAGAUAAUACAAAGACAACACUUCUUCAUGCUGCUGCUGGCUUUGGUGAUAUAGAAUCUGUAAGAUACCUUCUAGAGCAAAAUGUAGAUGUGAAUAUUACAGAUGAAAGAGGGUUAACUCCACUACACAAUGGUGUCCACCACAACCAUUAUGCAAUUGCAGAACUUCUUGUUGAGCAAGGAGCAUCUGUGAACAGGGAAGAUGUGUGGGGAUUUACACCGCUGCAUUUAGCAGCAGAGGUUAAAGAUUGGAAUAUCUAUCAGCUCCUAUUGAAGAAUGGAGGCGAUGGCAACAAGAAAAAUAGGAAUGGUGAUACUCCAAAUGACCUAUUUCUGAAACAGAUAAAGAGUUUUGAUGUGCUUCAGAGAAAACAAACCAAGGCUACGAAUUUACAUAAGAAAAGUUUGAAACAAGAAAACUCAAUUGAUGGCACAAAUGACAGUCAGGGCUCUGAUCAGUUAGCUGGAAUGCAACCUUGUCCAUCUGUUAUACUGGACACAGAAACUUCUCGAACACCAGAGGUACCACCAAGCCUAGUUGGAAUCAUGGGCACAAAUCUCCAGCAGGCAGGAAUAAAUAGAGAUCCACCAUUCAAAAGCAGAGGUGUGAUUGUUGGUAAUGAGCAGUCAGUGACUGAAGACUUUACUAGGGUUGGUCAGCAUAGUAUAAAUCCAAGUGGGAAAUCAGCAUCAUCUUGUCAUCAAGCAAACAUUCCUACUCAGAUAUUAGAGUUCACGUCUGCUCAGCUGCCUCUGGCAAACAUGAUAGAGAAAUCAGAAGAUACAUUGUCACAGAGAAGCGAUGUGUCAAAGUCAACAAGUGGUUACUCUUCCUUGCUAUCGCAGACAGAUGCCCCCCUUCGACAAGAUGAGGUGGGCAACAAAAGAAAAGCCAUAGAUCAGGAUACACUAGGUGGGAUCUUGUUUCAAAAGCAGCAAACAGAAAAAAGGCAAAGAUUGCAUAGAGGGAGUGCAAGCAUUCAGAGCUUUUCAAGGCAUUUCAGUGACACACUUAUGAAUAAGCCUUUUGCAUCUCCAAUGAGCCCUAGACCAGCUUUUAAUACUUCCCAGUUUCGUUCUCCUUUCAGUAACGAAUCAUCCCAUUUGAGAACAAGCCAUCACGAGUCCAGUUUGUACCCAGGGAAAACCAAAUUUGGUGGUAAUUCAUCAGUAUCAUUCCGAUCUCAAAGAAAUGUGGAUCUCAGUCAGUCACUGCUCAGUCCGGUGAAGGCCAAGCCAAGAUCGAAUUUCAACAAAGAGGCAGUGACUAGCUCAACUGCUAAAAGAAUCUUUGAAGCAUUGGAUAAGAUUCCAACCUCACCAAGUGGUGCCAUGACUGUUCCACCUUUUUUGUCAAGAAAUUCCACUAGAUCUUUUACAAAGAAUGGACCACCAACACAGAAAUUGAAUAUUAGUCAGGUUCCAGGAGAAACCAUUAGCAGGGCUACAAGACUGGAUACAGACGUUUUGAAUAGUGAAGCUAGGACACCUGCUGAUGAAAUGAGAGUGAAUUUGUACAACAGGGACAAUGCUUCAGCCAGAUCAGCUGUAGAAGACAACACUGUACAUCUUCAAACAGAAAAUCAAGGAUCAGCAGAUACAGUAGUAAGGCCAAAAGAUCUUCUGGAGAGCCCUGAAAAUUUGGAAGCUACAGAAAUACCAGAAGCUGCCGGUGAGAGUACAACAGAAAAAGGCAGAAAACGUGUAAAAGUGAGAAACAUGUCAAAGAGACAUCAUUCAAAAAUUCAAGAUAAAUCCAAAAUAAAAAAAGCAGCCAUCCUUACCAGUAGGCGAAAAGGUCACCUUCAGAAAAAUCUGGAAAAAUCAUUCCAGGGUAAUGAAAAGUCCACACAGUUUAGAGGUAAAACAAACCAGGAAAGAAUGCAAACAGUCCUUCAUCUAAAGAAAGGUGCCGAUUCUGAUUGGAAAAUUGUUAAACCUGUGGUAAAUGAUGGUUUUCACAAGCCACCAAAAACCAGUACAUGUAGUACUUCAUAUAUACCUGAAGCAUUGCAUGUUUUCGAGCAAGAUACCGGAGAAUCACAAUCAGCAGAAUUAGGAAGCAAAGAAGGUGAUAUACCAGCCUGUAUGCAAAGUGAUACAUCUGAUGGGAUUGUUAAUGUGGUGUCAGUAGCUAAUUCUAAUCAGUUAAGCUUUGGGGCUUAUACGGAACCAGGAACAUCUAUGACUGCUUUAGUUGAGCCUGUGUCUGAACAGAAACAUAAUACUAAGUGUAGGUAUGGUACAACGGAGCAAGCAGAAGAAGGCUGCAUUCCAUUUGCAGAUCAUUCAAGUCCAAAAUCCGUCUCUGAAAGGCAACAAAAAAUUGCUGUUUUGAGAAAUGAAUUCAGAAAUACUCCAAAGGAACAACAUAAACUUUUAUUUAGCAACUUUAAGUCUGUUUUAGCACAAGCUAAUCAUACAUCUCAUCCUGAACUACCUGAUCAGCAUUCAGAUCAAAAAGCACAGCCAGUACCAUCUCACAGUCUGGCUGAUGUUGAAAGUAAUAAUUUACAACAUGAAAUUGAAAUGGUUUCUCAGUUGCCGAACUUUGAUGCUAUUGGUUUGGAAGAGGAAAGAGUCAAUAAUUCAGGGACGAGUAUAAAGAAUACUGUCUAUGAGUACUUGACAAAGAAGGAAAGCAAUGGUUAGGUUGAUAAUGGUAAAAGAGGAAGAAAACAGCGCAAGAACAAUAACACCAAGGCUUCUUGUCUUGAAUAAUUGUUAGUGAUCUCUUUUUAUGCCCUCCCACCCACUUUGUACAAGAGGAUGUAUAUAGUGUGUCUGAUUGUAUGUGUAUCUGUCUGUCUGUCUGUUGGUUGGUAGGUCAGCCAAUCAAUACAUCUAAGUAAGUAAGUUUAUUUGGCACAAGUGUACAUGACAUGGCAAUAUAGCGAUAAAACAAAUUACAAAUCAAUGCAUAAUAAAUAUUACAUAGUGACAAACCAACAAAUCAUUAGACAGUUAUAUCAUAUUACUCAGCAAAACCAUGUAAUGCUCACCAAUACCAGGGAUAACACAAAAAAGAUGAAAUGAUUCUUCUUAUUUCCAUUGUGGUCCCUGUUAUUGGCGGCAUGACACAGAAAGUCACGUUUAACUAUUAUAUUUUGAGUAAUAAAGUAACAUACAUAAUUUUAAAUACUAAAUAAUUUAUGAAAGCUAAUUGAGAUCACAUAUAUGUAUCACAGUAAAAGAUUUAUCACAUAAUAUUUCAUGAGGAAUGGUCAGUGAAUGAUAAAAUGAUCACAAAGUUGUCAGCCAAAAUAGAAAACUCACUACUUCUGACGAAAAUAAGAAUAUUUAUACUUUAAAAUGUAAGUAUAGCUACAUUUAAAUGAAAUCAGUACAACAGCAAAAAUAAAAAAUAUAAAUGACCGAGAUAAGAAUUAUAUUUCUAAGACCUGUCUGUUUAAAUCAAUUAAAAGAUUUUAAUAUACUACAACUGAAAGGCUAUUAAAAUCAAUUAGGCAUUAAAUAGGAUUUGAUGACAUACUUAAAUGAAUGGGAAGAUUCAAUAUCCCUAAGAUGUUGAGGGAGACCAUUCCGCAAAACAACCCCAUUGUAAACAAAAGACUUUCUACCAAAGCUACUCAUCCUCUCUGGCAAAGAAAACCGACCAAUAUCAACAAAGGAAUAAUUAGAAUCAAAAGAAUUUUAUGAUGGAAGUGCAGACACUCUAGAUCUAGUAAAAUGGUCAUGGGCUGGAAAAUGGGAUGUAAAAUGCUCCUUAAGAUAUUCUGGUGCAGUGCCUGACUUUAUUCUAUGGACGUGACAGAGAGUUAUCUGAUCUACUCUCUUUGAGACAGGUAACCAGUUUAGAGACUUGAGAAUUGCUCUGACCCAACAUGAGACCUCAUGUUCAAAGCAGAUCUGAUCAUUUUGUUUUGAGUAGUUUGAAGCCUAUUUUUCCAAUACUUGGUCAAACUUGGAUACCAACUAGAGCAUACAUAAUCAAAAGACACUGUAUCAGAGGCAUUACUAAAGCUUCUUAGUAUGAAGAUCCAAAAACUGAUCCUUUCUAUGAAGGAAUUUUAACCGAGCAUUAGACUUUGUGACCACUUAACGUGCAAUUUCAUCACCGGAAAGCAUCUAAAGUAUGCUUAGAGAAUGCCUAGGCCUACAGUAGUCAAACUUGAUAGGAGAAUUGCCUGACGAGAAGAUGACCUCCAUUGUUCUGGAAAUCAGUGGGUAUAUUCAGAUUAAAAAAGGUUUCCAUUCAAUAACUAAGGAACCCUUUGGCCCAGAGUCAUCAAACUUUAUUUGAUAAUUGCCUGUGGUAAGACAAUGACCAUGAAAAUAAUUUCCUCUUGAUACCUUAAGACCUUUUUGGAUGACUGUUGUCAAUCUUCAUGUGAUUGCUUGUGGUUAGUAGAGGACACUUAGUUUUGGGGUUCGUAGGCCAAAGGUCAAGGUUACUGUGACCAUUAUACUGAAAAUGGUUUCUGCUUAAUAUGUGAUAGUCUUUUUUGUCAGGACUUUUAAUGUUUCAUAGGAUAAUCAGUGGUCGGAAGCUGAUUCUUCAUAAUUGGAAAUAAUUAGGUCCCAGAGAUCAUGACAUUGAUCUUCAGCCUAGAAAUAGUUCCAGCACAGUAAUGCAAAAAAAAACUGUGGCUUAAGAUGGUCAAACUUCAUAAAAUUGGUUCCAGUGGUUAGAAUAGCUCCUGGACUAAUCUUUUUACAUUUCUAUGAUUGAAUGUAGUAAACUGAGCCAAUCUAUAUCCUAUGUCCAAUAUCAUGAUAAUUUUAACAUCAUUCCUCUGUGAAAGUCUCUAAAAUAGACUGGCUUUUGUCUCUAUGGAAUUGAAUUCGACAAAAAGGGUGAAAAUGUAGAAACGUAUUUAUUAUCAGUCUAGUGGCUAGUCUAGCCAGUGGUGUGUAGAUGUCCUCUAUUGGGGGUCAAAGAUCAAUGUAAACAUGACCUUGAGACUGACCAUGAUUUUGGUCAAUAACAAGGUGACCAUUACUGAAUUUGGAAGUUUGAAUUUUAGCUGUUUCUUUGAAUUCUCGCCCUUUAUUCAGUGCUGGAAUCUCAAUUGGUUAAAGCUUUUAUAUGUUAACUUGUAUCUCAGUAACGACUAGUUUGGAACUUCACAUACGGAUUUUCUAUGAUGGUUGGUUUACUGCUAUUAUCUGACAUGUAAUAAAUGUUAUUAGAUUUUGCUUUUCACAAAGUAACAUCCACUUUAAGCUCACCUGAACUGAUGGUUCAUGUUAAGCUGUAAGUGUUCGUAGAUGCUCUGGUGUCCAUCAUCCAUUGCCAACAAUUUACAUAAAUAUCUCUGAAACUACUGGUCAGAAUUACACCAAACUUUGACUAGAGCAUCCAGGUAAGGUCCCAUUUCAGGCUUGUUUAAAUGGUUCCACUUGACCCCUAUUAUAGUCGCUAAGGGUUGCUAGAGUUAAAAACAGAAAAUCUUGCAAACAACCUUCUCUUAUGAACCACUUGAUGGAUCUUCAUCAAAUUUGGUCUGUAGCAUCUUUAUUGAUUACUUCACUUGGCGCAGGGAGGUAUUUAGUUUGUAACUGUAAUUUCCUAUGGAUUUAAAUUUGCUCAAAACUUUACUUUUGAAAUUACUGCAUAAAUUUGGACAAAGCUCGCUGUCUUUACCAUUUGCCUGCUGCUAAAAGGGCAAAUAUAAGAUUCGGUGUCAGUUAUAUUUCAUUGGUAUUGCCAUUUUAUUAUGUUCAUACUUACUUACUAAAAAUGUUGAAAAAAUUAGAUUAUAAUAUGAGCCGCGCCAUGAGAAAACCAACAUAGUGUGUUUACGACCAGCAUGGAUCCAGACCAGCCUGCACAUCUGCGCAGUCUGGUCAGGAUCAGUGCUGUUUGCUAACAGUUUCUCUAAUUGCAAUAGGCUUUGAAAGCGAACAUCAUGGAUCCUGAACAGACUGCGCGGAUUUGCAGGCUGGUCUGGAUCCAUGCUGAUCGCAAAUGCACUACAUUGGUUUUCUCAUGGUGUGGCUUAUAUAUACCUUUUCUUAAGUAGAAAAUUUUCAUUAACAGUUAAUAGAUGGAUAACCUGGAGUACUCUGAACAUGUCAUUAUCACAAAAUUGUUCCAGUUCAUGUAAUCGGGUAGAGAAUAAGGAUGCACUAACACUGCUAUAGACUCGGCUGUAAGAGGUCCUGGAUUCAAGUCAUGGUCACAGCUGUGUUACAGGAUAUAUUUCCAGGUUAUGAGAUUGUUCCAGGUGUUCUAUGUUUUAAGUGAACAGUAUAAUGGAUCAUUGUUUAGCAAUCCAGAUCACUUUAAAAUGAAAUACGCACAAUUAGAAGUUAUCCAUUAUACAGAGUUCCUGCUCUACAUGUCCAAGACUAGUAACAUUUCCUUGAUCACAAAAUUUUCUUAUAUGAAAAUAUUAAAUGCUAAUAACUGAACUUUUGAUUAAAAUAUUGUAAUUGUAUAUAUUUUUGAGAAAUACAAGUGUAUGGACAUUGCAUGCCUUUCAAAGCUUUUUAACUUCGUACCUGUUUCGAAAAAAAUUGACUACUUUGUUUAAUGUAAUAAAUAUGUAUUAUUGACUUAC